AUACCAAACAGGUUUGUAUAUGCAUAUAAAAUAAGAUUGGCAACAUGAAAAUAAUGUGCAAUGAAUUAUAGUACUAAUUACAUUUUAAUUAUGAGAACAAAUGUUGAGAAAAGUUAAUAACGAUACACAUGUCAACCAAAGACAAAUUUAUAGCUUAUGUUUUGUAAAUUUUAUCGGACUGUUAUUGCUUUUACAGAUAGAGAUAGAGAAGAUAAUAAGAUAAUAUCAGCGAAAUAUGUUGAACUCCCUCAAAUUUUUUAUCAUAAACAAGUAAAAAGAAAAAAGAGCUUUGUUCUGGCACACCGAAAGUUAAAAAUGUUAAAUGUCAAAUCAGAAAGAAUCCCAGGCAUUCGAGGAGUAUACAAUAGAUAAUUAGUAAAUUUGGGAACCGAACCAUUGUACUGUGAACUGAUCGAUAUGUUUUGCCAUUAUUGACGUUAUUCAUUUAGCAGUUAUAUAAAGAUAAUUAAAUUGUCAUCGUGAUCAUAUAUAAUUAUAUUAUAUAACUACCUCGAUUAGUUUUAGAUUACCUCUAACUUAAUCUCUAACGAACUCGUUUAUUAAAAACUGUAUACCCUUUUAAUAAAAUCCGUGGGUUAAACAUGGAUAAUGGAUUUAAUACGUUCUUUUCCAAUAACGACAUAAGAACACUUUGCUAAUAUCUAAUUGUUGUUAUAAGAUUUAUCAGUAAAUAAAAGUAAAUAUUUUACAUAUUGUCUGACUAAUUCCCCCUAAAAUAUUAAAUAAUGCAUGAAGUGACGACUGACAAUGUCAUUAGUAAAACUCUGUAUAAAAAGCGAUGACAUUUCGGAUAUUAAGCUAGUUCAAAGUUAAUUUGCGGAGAGUUGCUUGGGAAUUAUGGACGGAGCUAAAGGAUUUGUCAAUUCAUUUUAUAAAACACAAUAUAUAAUUUUCAAGCUGUUGGGACUCUUCAGUUUUCCCGCGGACUAUUCGUCAUUUUGGCAUUAUAUGCAUAAAUUAUACUUUUGGCAUGUGGCGAUUUUUUGGAUGCUACUUUUCGAUAUCAGCAUGUGGAUUCAAAUAAUCGGCAACAUAUCGAAUCUGAAUGAGAUAAUUAAUGUGUUUUAUCUUUUUUCUAUGGCUAUUGCGGUAAUGGCUAAAUUUGUACGAAUUCGCUUAAAAAACAAUUCAUAUGCGGCCAUGUUUGCACGAAUGCACGACAACGAUUUGCUGCCUGUAAAUGCCGCUGAACUCGAGAAAUUUACUCAAUCCUCACAUUUAAGUUGUAGAGUGCGCGACAGUUACAUGUAUCUUUCGUUGACAUCAUUAACGCUGAUUUUCGUUACGAAACUUAUAGCCGAGCCUGGCGAGCUACCUCUCUCUAUUUAUAUACCGAUUAGUGUGGAAACCUUUUGGCGUUAUUUAAUAGCAUAUUUGUUCCAGUUUAUUAGUUUAUCGCUGUGUUGUUGGCUUAAUAUAUCUUUCGAUUCUUUAGGUGCAUCAUUAUUCAUAUAUUUGAAGGGUCAGUUAGACAUUCUAGCGAAUCGUUUAGAAAAUAUCGGCAUGAAUCUCGACAUGGAUGAUAACAUGAUAAAUAGGCAGUUGAAAGAUUGCAUUCAACAUUAUGUAAAACUUCGGAAUAUUACCGAAAUCAUGGAAGAUCUUCUAAGCAUUCCAAUGUCUGUGCAAAUGAUGAGUUCAGUACUCGUACUUGUCGCUAAUUUCUACGCAAUGACUUUUCUAACUGACCCCAGUGAUUAUGUUACAUUUAUAAAAUUCUUAGUCUACCAACUCUGUAUGUUGUCCCAAAUUUUUAUGUUGUGUUAUUUUGCCAAUGAGGUCUCGCUCCGAAGUGCAGAGCUAUCCUACUCUUUGUACUCUUCCGAAUGGACACGUUGCAGUCAAAUCAACCGACGACUGAUGUUAUUGAUGAUGGCACAAUUUGACGUACCCAUGCGAAUCAAAACAAUCAAUCGAUGCUAUUCUUUCAACUUGCCAGCGUUUACAUCGAUAAUCAAUUCUUCGUACAGCUACUAUGCCCUGCUGAAGAAAAUGAAGGACUAAAUACAAUGUACUAAAUUUAUAUAUAAAUAUAUAUAAAAACGAUAUCACACAAUAUUAUAACUUUGACUUUUGAAUAAAAUUUAUUUUAAUUAUAAUGAAAGAGCAGCCAUAAAAAAUAAAUAUUA